AUGGAAGAGACUACAAAGUCAGGAGCUCGGGGCUCGGUGGAAGAGCCCGACAAAUUACAUGGAUACCCUUCGGUACCAGGGGCGGUGGAUGAAGUCGCCUAUGUGGUGGAUCAUGAGGCUGAACGGCGUCUUUGUCGUCGAUUCGAUUUUCGACUGCUUCCUAUUCUCGCAACCAUGUGUGAGUGUGAUAUGACUUUGCCGGCGGACUGCACGACCCAGCUCGGUUUUGUGGAAAGGACCGUUAUUGACGACGGCUAUGCAGAUCUGUUCAACGCCCUCGACAAGGGCAAUCUGGGCAAUGCUAAAACAGACCAUAUGACCGAAGAUUUGCAUUUCCAACCGAAUCAAUACAAUCUUCUGCUCUCCAUCUUCUUCGUGCCGUUUGUGAUCUUCGCGCCGCCAAUCGCCAUGAUAGGCAAAAGGUUGAGUCCGGCUCGAGUCUUGCCUAUCCUGAUGUUCUCAUUUGGCUGUUUUACGCUCCUCUCGGCGGCAGCACAGAACUUCAGCGGUCUAUUCGCCCUGCGUUGGUUCUUGGGCAUGUCAGAGGCAGCCUUCUUCCCACUGGUCAUCUAUUACUUGACCACGUUCUACCGUCGAGGCGAGCUGGCUCGCCGAUUGGCCGUCUUCUAUGCAGCCGCCAACAUUGCAAAUGCUUUCUCUGGCUUGAUUGCAUUCGGCGUCUUCCAGUUGAAGGGAUCGAGUAUUCCGAACUGGCGAUAUCUUUUUAUCAUUGAGGGCGGCGUGACCGUCAUCUUUGCUAUCUUCGCAUUCUUCACUCUACCGAGGAGUGCAGCCGAGGCUCGGUUCCUAUCCGAGGAGGAAAAAGCUCUGGCCUUCCAUCGAAUCCAGGUGGACUCUAGCGCCGUGGUGAACGAGAUAUUUCGCUUCCGGGAGGCACUUGCCAUCUUCAAGCAUCCGACUGCCUACGUCUUCCUUCUCAUCGAAAUAUGCUUGGGCGUACCUUUGCAAGGCGUCGCCCUCUUCAUGCCGCAAAUCAUCGCUCGGCUAGGCUAUCCGACCGUCAAGACCAACUUAUACACUGUCGCUCCUAAUGUGACGGGAGCUGUGAUGUUGCUCGUUCUCGCAUUUUGCUCCGACUACACUCGACUACGGUCUCCAUUCAUCGUUCUCGGCUUCUUGUUCACUUUCACCGGCUUUAUCAUCUACGCGUCCAUCAACGACGUACAAAAGCAGAUCCAUGUGGCCUACUUUGCGACCUUUAUGAUGACCUGGGGGACGUCGGCACCCUCGGUCCUUCUCAGUACCUGGUACAAUAACAACAUCGCUCACGAGGGCCGCCGCGUUCUGUUGACCAGUAUCGGCGUGCCACUGGCCAAUCUAAUGGGUCUUGUCAGUAGCAAUGUCUUCUUGGAGAAAGAUGCACCAAAGUACAUGCGCGCAUUGAUCACAGUUUCCGCCUUUGGAGCCACGGGUGCCUGUCUUGCGGGACUUUUGGGGUUGUAUAUGUGGUUCGACAAUAAACGACGCGAUCGCCGGGAGGGCGUUAGGCUGAGAGCGAGGGAUAUCCCUACGGAGCGUAUGCGCAACGGGCCAUCUUCGGAAGAGUUCCGCUGGUUCUUGUGA